AUGGAUAGCUUUAUACACGUCCCCGGCUGGUCGCAGCAUAUAUCACACAAACCGUCAUCAGGACGCCCACUGAGUGGCCAUUUUCGCUCUCUUUCUUCCGUCUCGGCCACCAAGCCAGCGCCUCCCUCUCCCUCUUCCAAACCACACCUCGCGCUCAAGUCGCCCAAAUCGACCUCGCAACUACCCAAAAUCUCCCUCUCCGCGCCUUUUCUCGACGAUGAAAUGAGUACUCUUCCCGAUCCCCGAAGCCGCCGGGUGAGCAACGCCGAGGACCAAGAUAACGACUCCGAUACCCCCAGCCAUCAUCCCGACCUCAGCGACGAAAUCGCCACCCUCAGCACAAAACUCAUCAACGCAAUCAACCACCAAACCGCCCUCGACGAUACCCUCUCCGCCACCCGCCAGGAACUACAGACCGCACACGGGCGCAUACGUGAACUCGAGCACCAAAAUGAGACGCAACGUGAAAUGAUGGCUGGUGAUGUCUGGAUUCGCAAAUCUACCGUCGAAUCCGACAAGCGUGCCAUGAAGGUCAAGCUGGACACCGAAGUCUCCAAGCGUCUAGACACCGAGGCUGCCAAAAAGAGGAUUGAGCAGGAGCUCGAGACUCUGACCACCGCUCUCUUCGAGGAGGCUAACAAGAUGGUCAUUGUCGCCAAGGAGGAGUCCAAAGACCGCGAGGACGCUGUCCAGCGCAAAAAUGACUUGCUAAAAGCACAGCUCGAGGAGUCUGAAGCGCUGCUUAAAAAUCAGCAAACCCAGUUGUCUGAGCUCAAGCGCGUCAUGGAAACCAUGUCUCUAGACGACCAGCAAACAAACACAACUGCUCCCUCGUCGCCAGGUCUGCCGAGAUUAGACACCGUCGCCGGCGACCGCCUACCGCCGCCAGAUUCUGCCACGGCCUCUCCGCUGCCCGACUUCUUCGCACCCGCGCCCCCGACGAGCCUCCAGCACCUCAUCCUCCCGGUUCUGCGCCACGACCUCGGUGCCUAUGAUGAUUUUCUCAACCUCGCGCAUCAGUCCCACAAACGCCCUGGCAGCCGCAUCUCUUCUGGCUCCAUGGGCGGCCUCGCCGCGCUCGGCCUCGGACUAGCUGGGUCUACCUCUAGCGGCCACAUGUCCAACGCCUCGACCUCGUCACUCCCAAAUCCGGCAUCCGCAGGCAGCGGUCCUUCAUCGCCCAACACACCCGCCUCUUCGACCCAAGGAACGCCCAACCAGCAUUUGCCGAUUCCUGCACUCAAAGAGACGAAAUUCUACAAACGCGUUGUUGUCGAGGAUAUCGAGCCCACGCUGCGACUCGACUCUGCCCCUGGACUGUCAUGGCUGGCCCGACGCAGCGUCCUCACUGCCGUUACGGAUGGCACCCUCGUCGUUGAGCCAGUUCCCACCAACGUCAACUAUGCACCGGCCGCCCGACCGCAGCUUUUCCCCUGCGCGCUGUGUGGCGAGGUCCGCAAAGAGCCGCAGUAUAUGCGCAACCACCGCUUCCGCACGACCGAGUCGCCAUCGGCGCAGAGAUACCCUCUCUGCAACUACUGCCUCGGCCGCGUACGCUCGACGUGCGGCUUCCUCGGCUUCCUGCGCAUGGUCAAGGACGGCCACUGGCGUGCCGAUGACGAGGACCACGAAAAGACGGCCUGGGAGGAAAGCGUCCGCCUUCGCGAGCAAAUGUUCUGGUCCCGCAUAGGUGGCGGCGUCAUCCCCGCUUCGCAAGCAGACUCGCCCACGGACGAGGUGCCUCAGGCGUCUGUCGACAAGGUCCUCAGCACCACGCUCACGGUACCAAAACUCUCGCCCGUCAAGGAGAAGGGUGUCGCCGAGGGCAACCCUGUAUUCGACCACAAGGCACCCGCCAGGGAGCCACGCACUCCGCCUGAGCAGACGGACGCUACGGCACAUACGAACCAGCUCGGCGAGUCGACUGAGCUGCGCAAGGAGGCUGACCAGGAGGCGGCAACCCAGCCGCCCGUCAUUGUCGAAGAUUAG